UCUCCAAUGCGCAUGACUGUACGUCGUAAAGUGAAGUAGGCCUCCUGUUUUUCUCCCGAGCCCGAAGUCCUCUCAGUCCUCCCGGCCCCCACCGCCUCGGCGUGACGCUCAAGUAAGCAAAAACACGGUGACUGGCUGCUUGAUCAUUCGUUAAAGGUCAGGUGUGGUGUGUAGUGUCGUCAGAGCCUGCAAAGAAGACCUGAGUUUAAAUAGGCCACUCUACGUGUGACAUUCCAGCUGAGGCAGGUUCUGGUCAACCUCUGUGUGUUUUCCUUGUGGUCCGCUGUCCUCUCGCGACCCCAAUGACCUCAUUGCCUCAUUUGACCCUGGAGUCAGCGACAGCCCCGAACCCGCUCUGCGACAUGUGAGAGAUAAAAGAAGUCUGGAGUUUUCAAAAGCUGUGGCGGGGUGCUUUUCCAAAUGCCUACCUCACGCCUAAAGAACAAAAUCCUGCAGCCACAGCCCUGAUCAGCAGCCACCAUGUCAUCAAACAUAGGGGAUGAUUGUUGCAGCCUCACUGAUGGGUUGAUAGAAGAAGAUGAAAAGGACAAGGCGAAACGCGUGUCCCGCAACAAAUCAGAGAAGAAAAGGAGAGACCAGUUCAAUGUCCUCAUCAAAGAGCUUGGCACCAUGUUGCCAGGCAACACUAGAAAGAUGGACAAGUCCACCAUCCUGCAGAAAAGCAUAGACUUCCUGUGUAAACACAAAGAGAUUGCAGCCCAGUCGGAGUCGAGCGAGAUCAGGCAGGACUGGAAGCCCCCCUUUCUUAGCAAUGAAGAAUUCACACAGCUCAUGUUGGAGGCUUUGGAUGGAUUCUUUAUAGCAAUAAUGACCGACGGGAACAUCCUUUAUGUCUCUGAGAGCGUCACCUCUUUACUAGAACACCUGCCAGCGGACUUAGUGGAUCAGAACUUGUUAAACUUUCUACCUGUUGGGGAACACUCCGAAGUGUACAAGGCUCUGUCGACGCACCCAGUGGAACUGGAGAGCAUCAGUAGUGAUUACAUGAAGACUAAGAAUCAUCUAGAGUUCUGCUGCCAUAUGUUGCGAGGGGCCAUUGACCCCAAGGAGCCCCCCAUCUAUGAAUAUGUUAAGUUUAUCGGCAACUUCAAAUCCCUCAAUAACGUUCCAAACAUUACGAGGAACGGUCUGGCAGGAGUGUUACAGCGGUCACUGCAGCCUGCCUUCGAUGACCAGGUCUGCUUUGUAGCCACUGUUCGCUUGGCCAAACCUCAGUUCAUUAAGGAAAUGUGCACAGUCGAGGAGCCAAAUGAAGAAUUUACCUCAAGGCACAGUCUGGAAUGGAAAUUCCUCUUCUUAGACCACAGAGCUCCACCAAUAAUUGGCUACCUGCCUUUUGAGGUCCUGGGAACAUCAGGGUAUGACUACUACCAUGUUGAUGACCUGGAGACACUCGCCAAAUGUCAUGAACACUUGAUGCAGUACGGAAAAGGAAAGUCGUGCUACUAUCGUUUCCUGACCAAAGGUCAACAGUGGAUCUGGCUGCAGACCCACUACUACAUCACCUAUCAUCAGUGGAACUCCAGACCUGAGUUCAUUGUUUGCACACACACGGUGGUCAGCUAUGCCGAGGUAAGAGCGGAACAACGCAGAGAGCUUGGAAUCGAAGAGUCCAAUCCAGAGGCAGCUGCUGAUAAAAGUCAGGACUCUGGCUCGGAGUCACAGCUGAACACGUCCAGCUUGAAGGAAGCCCUGGAACGGUUUGACCAGAGCCGAACGCCGUCAACGUCCUCGCGAAGCUCCCGGAAGUCCUCGUCUCAUGUCUCGGACAUCACUUGCACGUCAACAGCUCCAAAGCUACACAUGGACAUGGCCACGCCUCCUCGGCAGUCCCUGGCCUCCAACGUGGAGAUGACAUCUCAGACACGCUCGUCCAUCAGCAGCCAGUCUAUGAGUUCUCAGACCACAGGGCAGAGUUUAAAUCCUGGUCUGAUCACACAGCAUCAACAGCAGCAGCAGCAGCAACAGCAAGAGCAGCAGCAACAUCAGACAAAUUUACAGCCGGUGAUGGAGUUCUCAGCACAGGUGAAUGCCAUGCAGCACCUGAAGGAUCAGCUGGAGCAGAGAACCCGAAUGAUCCAGGCCAACAUCCAGCGGCAGCAGGAGGAGCUGAGGCACAUCCAGGACCAGCUGCAGAGAGUCCAGGGACAGGGCAUACAGAUGUUGCUGCAACAGCAGCAACAGCAGGGUGGAGCGAUGAACGUACAGCUCCCACAGGGGGGGUCGGUCCAGCAAGCAGCUACUUUGACUGGUCAGGUCCAGCAACCCUCAGUUAAUCUCCUUCAUUCUGGAUCUCAGCAGCUCACCAUUCAGCAGCAAGCUCCUCCUCCUCCUCCUCCUACUCAGCAGAGCUUACAGCAGCAGACCAACACACUCACACAGCGUCAGCCACAGCAAGCUGCUCAGACCCAGCCUCAGGCCCAGGGAUCCGUUUCUGCUCCGCUGUACAACACCAUGAUGAUUUCUCAGCCAGGACAGCCAAACGUGCUGCAGAUCAGCACCAGCCUCCCUCAGAACAACACGCAGCAGGGCACUGCUGUAGCUACCUUCACACAGGACCGGCAGAUCCGAUUCCCAGCAGGGCAGCAGCUAGUAACCAAGCUUGUGACAACUCCCAUGCAUGCAUGUGGUGCUGUGAUGGUGCCCACCUCUAUGUUUAUGGGGCAGGUUGUUACAGCCUACAACCCCUUUGGCGGCCAGCAGCAGGGGGGGCAGACCCAGACCCUGACUCUACAACCGGCCCAAUCUACUCAGUGUCAGCCUGACAGCCAAAACCAAGCAGCUGUAGUGGCACAAAACAGCCAGCAGGGGCAGCAGCAACAGCAGUUCCUGCAGGGCACUCGUCUCCUUCACAAUAAUCAGUCUACCCAGCUGAUUCUGCAGGCAGCGUUUCCUCUCCAGCAGCAGGGCGCUUUCACCCAGGCAACUCUUCAACAGCAACAACAGCAGCAACAUCAGCAGCAGCAACAACAUCAACAACAACAGCAACAACAACAGCAACAACAACAGCAGCAGCAGCAGCAGCAACAACAUCAACAACAACAGCAACAACAACAACAGCAACAACAACAACAGCAGCAGCAGCAAAGGCAACAAAAGCAACAACAAUCUCACCAUCAGAGGCACCAGCAGCAGCUAAAACCACAGCCGCAGAAACCGCAGAAAGCCUCGUCGUCACACAGGACUGACAGUGUCAACCAGCAGCAAUGACUCCUGGAUGGAAGCUGUAGAAACUGCUGUGUCUGUGAAGGUCUCCUGGAUGUCACAGACCUCACCUACCCUCCAAAAAAAGCGACAGCCUUCCCCUCCUUGAUUAAAAAGCUAUUAUAUCUAGGAGAGUAAAAGCUCUGAGUUCAUAAGGAACUCAGAAAUAGCCGUCACGGAAGCUUAAGGCCGGAGGAAGUUCAAGUCAAGAGGGAGCUCCAGUCUUCAGGGAGACUUUGAAAGAAAAAAAAAAUAAUACACCUUACGCCGACGAUAAUUGACUUUUUUUUGUGAAAGAGUCUCAUAGUGGACUGACUGUGUACAGAUUUACUGUAUGAUACAAAGAAAACCUGUAAAUAUCCAAGUAUAGCCUAACAGAAAACAGAACUAUAGUAUUUUAUAUGACUGCAUGAAAAGAAUAACUGUGUAAGCUUUUUUUUAGUUGCUUUUGGAAACAGAAUUUUUACUUUUUCGUGGUUUCUGGUUAAACACAGAGCAACGAUGUGCUCUCUAAGACCCCCUCCCCUUUCUCUUAAAAAGAAGAAAUAUAGUCCAGAACAAGGCUUUAAAGUCUUUUGGUGUGUUUAAAAAAAAUGAAAAGAAAAAUAGGAUGAAUCGGGCUUGGGUGUUUUUUUUUUUGUUUUUCUUUUUGUAGAAGCUGCUUUUAAACACUGUCUCCAGGACAAAAAUGGAUCCUUUUACCUUUGUAAUUACAGAUUAUGUUUGACAAGAAGCUAGAAGAAAAAAGAUUACAGUCUAACUGAAUUAUUUGCAGGAUGAUUACUGUACGUAUAACGGGUUUAGUGAUUCCAAGUGCCAAUUACAUAGUGAAUUUUUUUUAAAUACGAUAUUCAAAGCCGUAUAUAUAAAUGAAUAUAUUUUCCAAAAAAAGACAUUACCCCUAAUAACAAAAUUCUUGCAUUUGUAUAUAGUAGGAAUUAUUUUUUACCAGUCAAAGAGCCCUAUGCGUGACACGGUAUAUCCUCAACCUCCUGACAACUUCAGCACUUAAUGUGGUUGUGUAAAGAAAUAUCACUGUUACAUCCUUUUUUUUUUUUUAUUGUAAUUUGUGGUGUGAUUCCAUGAGCUAAUGUGCGUUUUUGAUAAUCCUCAUCUGCAUGGCUUGGAGCGAGCGCAUCAUGUAGUGGGCGUGUUUGUUGGGCCCUCCUGUCUUACGUUAUUGAACUUAGUAAGGGUUUGAAGUUGUUGGAUGGUACUUGUCCUCUCAGGAAUGUGGAAAGUAGUUUCAUUUUUGUUUUGUUUUUUUCUAAGCUUCUGCCUCAGUCUGGAACCAGACCAGGAAGGAUUAGACAUCGAUGCGUCACAGACCAGAGGAACUAGUGUUAUGAAGGGUGUGGCGUCUGAGGGGAACAUUUGACCUGCUUUCCAAAGGCUUUUCCUUCAAAGAUGCAGCAUUCUAGGCAUGGGCCGGUAGGAGUGUCUUACUUUAAAGUAAAACUACUAUACUGUUUAUCUCAAAACAUUAAACAAAAUAACAGCAUAAUUAUUAGUUAUUCAUUUUAGCUAAAAUCUUAUAUUCAUAGUUUCUAUUCAUUCAGCGAUAAUUCCAAUCCAUGUUGGAGUCCUGAAAUAUUCCUCAGAAAUUAAACUAAAUAACCUCAGCCCAAUUUCUGCUAUAAAAAUUACAGGAUUUAUAAUCAAUUCCUACCAAAUAAUUAGUUUCUAUACCAUCUUUUAAAAAAGUCCGGAAUAGGGCUGAAACAAUCAGAUUAAUAUUAUUUAAAUUAUAGUCAACUGAUUUAGUUAUCAAUUAAUUAUUAACUGGAAUGCAGAGGCUGUAACUCAUGCCUUUAGCGGACAGAGUAAUCCACUUAGAGCAGUAAUUAUAUAAAUAAUGUAAAUUAAUAUAUAAACAUUUAGCAUUUAAGAUAAAAAGAAAAACAUUUAGUCUGUCAAUAUGCUCUAUCCAGCACUCAAGUGGAUAAGUUUAAGUUUCACCUGGUUUAGUUGCGUAAAAAAAUCUAAUUUAAGGAACUUUUGGCUAACUGGUUAUUAAUCAAUUAAUCACAAAAAUAGUCGACAGGUUAAUAGAUUUUAAAAAUAAUAGUUAAUUGCAGCUGUAGUCCGAAAUAGGAUUUCAGUAUUAACAGGUCCAGAUGGUAAUGAAAAAAUUUUGGGGAAAAAACAAUAUUUUCAGGCUAUUGUCAAAAUGUGUUAUUGCUUUCCGUUUUUUUCCACCCUCCUUGUAUUUUUCUUUUUCUUUUCCUGAUUGUCUCCUUUCUUUAUUUCAUUUUAAUAUCCUUUAGUUUAUUCCCUCUGUCCUUCCAGGAGCCCCUUCUGUCCUCUCCUGCCGUCCAUCCCUUUUAGUCGGUGCAUUUGACUUUUCCUCCUUUUCUUUCUUCUUUCCACUCUGUAGGCCGGGAGCUAAAAAAAAGUCUCAGACCCCCCCUCAUCUAUACCAUUUGUCUAUAAAGAAUAAAGCUGAAUAUUUUAGUUUAAAAAAGGAUUAACCUUUGUUUCAAAGUAAACUGUUUUGCACAAAGAACAGUAUACAGUUUUCUCCUAUAAAUGAUAAUUUAUGGUUUUAUUUAUAUAUGAUAAAUAAGGUACUAGGACAAGCUUACCUGUUUUAAUUAGUAAGGCUGUCUGCUCCAGUAUUUAGCCUGCAGUUGCCUCUCUUCUUAAAAAAUGCUGCUAAAAGUUUCCAAACGGUUUCUUUACUUGUAUUUGGUUUUAUUAAUUCAACUGUGGUGAGGAGCAACUCGCCAGAGCUCAAAACGUCUCCGGAUACCUUUAAACCGCAAACGGCCCAUGCCUAAAAUGAAGGAGAAAAGUGGUUAAGAAAUGCAUUUUUAUAAUUACAACAGGAAAAACAAACAAACCCUGAUUUCAUAUGUAUUCCAAACACCUCCAAAUCUGAUUUAAAAUGUAAUGGUCUGCUUUGCCAUCAGUGUUUCAUCCUUCCUUCUCUUGAUAGGCCUCAGAAAUCUUCAUGCAGUCCUCUUCACUUCUAUCUCAAGUCCCUAAUGGCAGUUGAAACCAGAACUGGGCCCGGGUCCAUGCAUAAAGACUGUAACGGAUGUUUGGCUCAGCCUGUGUGUACUACAGCGAUAAGCCAUAUCAAACAGAAAAAAAAGCCUCGGAGCAGAGUGUGUAGUCGUUGGCAAAGGGGUGUUUAGAAUGUGUUGUUUGCGUAGGAGAAGCUGGCGCGUGUUUGUUUGUGUGAAUAUAGCAUCCUCGUUCCUUGAACCUACUUCUCGUAUCAGUCGGGAGGGGUCGCAGUAUUUGCUCCCCCCCCCCGGAGAUAGCCAAUCAGUUCUUGCGUUGCAGUAUAAAGAAGUGAUGUUUAUCUUGAGAAUCGUCUGUGUUGUUGGAGCCUGUUUGGAGACGGCUAAAACCUGCUGAUGUGGGUCGUGUGAGAGAGACUUCGUAUGUGUGAUGACUUUCACUGUAGCCCAGUAUAUAUUUUCAUAUAAAACAUGCACAGCUGAAGAAGCAUGCUGGUAAAUAGGCAAUGCACAGCACUGGUAUUAGUGCAGAUUUAUUAAGAUGCAAAACAAAAAAAAAGUCCAUUAGAUAAUAAAAAAUAAACAGAAAUGGAUCACUAGAAGAGAGCAGGUCUUCCAACCAGUGAUAAAGAGCCUCUUUAUAAACUAUAGUGUGUGAAUGUGUGUAGAGCUGAAAAUGGAUCUAGUUUGUGACACUGAUACCCAGCCCAAAGAAUGUAAAGGUGUUUUAUAGAGACUAAUGGAUGUUGUAAAUUUUUGAUUCCGGAGAAUUUUAGUCUAGCUUUGUUAUGAAGGAAAAAGGAGGGGAAUGAAAGAGAGCUCAUCAAUCACAAGUUUCCACCUAAAUAUUAGAAAAACAAUCAUUACUGUUUUUAAAGUUAUUGUCAAACACCUCUGAAUGUUUCACAAUUACACCUUUUUUCGUUUAAGGAUGACGUGUGUCUGACAUCUAAUCUGGGAGGUUUUAAAGAAAAAGCUAUUGUGACUGAAGUCUUGGAUAAUUGAUGGGCGAUAGCGUUGAUGAGAAAGCCACGCCCCCUUCCUCCCAGCCUUCCCACAGAUACAGCUAUCACCUUUUUUUCCCCCACACAACCGUUUAAGAGUGUAGUUCUAGUAUAAUACUGUACACAGACAAAACUAAUAACACCAGUAUUCAGUGUAAAAUGGUGCUAUGCUUCUACCUGUACUGUAUGUAUGUAAAUCCUUACUUCUGCUCUUGAACUGUGCUCCUUUUAUCUACCCCCCCAAAAGUCAAAUGUAAUAAUAAUCCAUAUUUUGACACAAAAUGUUUGCAAUUACUAUAUUCCCCUCUGUCCCAUUUCAGUCAACAUGAGAAUAAAAAAAAAAAACAGUUGCAAAUGUUAAACACAA